CUUCGCUGCGCGCGCUCCCGAGGCGCUGGCUUCUGCCUGAGUUGGCAGCCUGGCUGAGUUGCAUCAGACGAGACGCGGCUCCUGCGCCUUCCUCCGCCGCCGCCGCCGCUGCCGGGUACCCAAAGGCUGGACGAGGCACCGUCUUCCCAUCGCUCCCUUGGCGCCUCGCCAGGUGUCCCUGCAUUUCUCCCUUCCUUCCCCCCUUUUGGAUGAGCACAUCUCCGCCGGCCACAGAAUGCUCUGCAGAGCCAACCAACUGGUGAGGAAAUUCUCCACUUCGGCCAGGGAUUACUACCAAAAUAAACUAAAGCUAGCUUUAAUAGGCCAGAGCCUUUUUGGACAAGAAGUGUACCAGCACUUACAAAAAGAAGGACACAAAGUUGUGGGAGUUUUCACAGUCCCAGAUAAAAAUGGAAAGGCUGAUCCUUUGGCAUCUGCUGCAGAAAAGGAUGGAACACCAGUGUUUAAAUUCCCACGGUGGAGAGUUAAGGGCAAGACUCUCCCAGAAGUCAUUGAUGCUUACAAAUCAGUUGGGGCUGAGUUGAACGUCCUUCCAUUCUGUACACAAUUCAUUCCCAUGGAUGUUAUUGAUAACCCACAGCAUGGAUCUAUUAUUUACCAUCCAUCCAUCCUGCCCCGCCACAGAGGAGCAUCUGCCAUUAAUUGGACUUUAAUUCAUGGAGAUAAAAAGGCUGGCUUUACAAUUUUCUGGGCAGAUGAUGGUCUGGACACAGGGCCCAUUCUUCUGCAGAGGGAAUGUGAUGUUGGUCCAAAUGAUACUGUUGAUGAUCUGUACAAUCGGUUCCUUUUCCCAGUCGGAAUAAAGGCUAUGGUAGAAGCUGUACAGCUCAUUGCUGAUGGCAAAGCUCCUCGUAUCCCCCAGUCUGAAGAAGGAGCAACUUAUGAAGGCAUCCAGAAAAAAGAAAAUGCAGAGAUUCCCUGGGACCAACCAGCAUCUGCUCUGCACAACUGGAUCCGAGGGCAUGAUAAAGUACCUGGGGCCUGGGCAACAAUUGAUGGCCAGAUGGUUACUUUCUAUGGAUCCUCAUUACUGGAGGGCUCAGCGCCUCCGGGUGAAGAACUGGCAAUAAAAGGUGCACCAAAACCAGGACUUGUAACUAAGAAUGGCCUAGUUCUGUUUGGCAAUGAUGAGAAAAUGUUGCUAGUAAGAAAUCUACAGUUUGAGGAUGGAAGAAUGAUCCCAGCAUCUAAAUAUUUUUCUACUGAUGAUAUUUCUACCAUAGAACUGACUGAAGAGGAGACGAAGAUGGCAGAAGAUAUCAAAUCCAUUUGGAAAGGAAUUUUGAGUAAUGUGGCUGUCCUGGAGGAUACCACUGACUUCUUUAAAUCUGGAGCCUCCUCUAUGGAUGUUGUUCGGCUGAUUGAAGAGAUCAAGCAAAAAUGUGCUGGUCUCGAACUACAGAAUGAAGAUGUCUAUAUGGCGCCAAAGCUUGGAGAUUUUAUCCAACUGGCUGUCAGGAGACACAGGGGAGAAGACAAAGAGGAGGAAUUAGCUAUCAAUUAUGUUUCAAAGGAAGUCAACCACAUGACAGUGAAGAUGCCUUAUCAAUGUUUUAUUAAUGGGCAAUUUGUGGAUGCUGAAGAUGGAAAGACAGAAGACUCUAUAAACCCAACAGACGGAUCAGUGAUUGCAAAAGUGUCAUAUGCUACAGCAGGCGAUGUUGACAAAGCAGUUGCCGCAGCAAAAGAUGCUUUUGAGCUUGGUGAAUGGGGACGGAUGAAUGCCAGAGAAAGAGGGAGAUUAAUGUACAGACUUGCAGACCUGAUGGAAGAACAUCAAGAGGAACUGGCAACCAUUGAAACCAUUGAUUCGGGAGCUGUUUACACACUUGCUCUGAAGACCCACAUUGGGAUGUCAGUGCAAACAUUUCGAUAUUUUGCUGGAUGGUGCGACAAAAUACAGGGUUCUACCAUCCCGAUAAACCAUGCACGUCCUAAUCGUAACUUAACUUUCACUAAGAAAGAGCCCUUAGGAGUCUGUGCAAUUAUCAUUCCUUGGAAUUACCCUUUGAUGAUGCUUGCCUGGAAGAGUGCCGCAUGCUUAGCUGCUGGCAAUACUUUGGUUCUGAAACCAGCACAGGUCACUCCACUGACCGCCUUAAAGUUUGCUGAGCUCUCUGUUAAAGCAGGAUUUCCCAAAGGUGUCAUAAAUAUUCUACCUGGAUCAGGUAGUAUAGCAGGAAAACGCUUGUCAGAACACCCAGAUAUUCGUAAACUUGGUUUCACUGGUUCAACACCAAUUGGAAAACAGAUAAUGAAGAGUUGUGCUGCCAGCAACCUGAAAAAAGUUUCUCUAGAACUGGGUGGAAAAUCACCAUUGAUCAUAUUUAAUGACUGUGAUCUUGACAAAGCUGUGAGAAUGGGCAUGGGAUCAGUUUUCUUCAAUAAAGGGGAGAAUUGCAUCGCAGCUGGGAGGCUCUUUGUGGAAGAAUCAAUUCAUGAUGAAUUUGUUAGGAGAGUGGUGGAGGAAACCAGCAAGAUGAAAAUUGGUGAUCCACUAGAUAGAUCUACAGAUCAUGGUCCACAAAACCAUAAAGCACACAUGGAAAAACUUUUGGAGUACUGUGAAACUGGAGUGAAAGAAGGAGCUACACUAGUCUAUGGAGGACGACAAGUAUGUAGACCAGGCUUUUUCAUGGAACCUACCAUUUUCACAGAUGUUGAAGACCAUAUGUAUAUUGCACGUGAAGAAUCUUUUGGUCCUGUAAUGGUAAUUUCCAAGUUUAAAGAUGGGGAUGUUGAUGGGGUAUUAGAACGAGCCAACAGAACAGAAUACGGUCUGGCUUCAGGGGUUUUCACCAAAGAUAUUAACAAAGCUCUGUAUGUCAGUGACAAACUAGAUGCUGGAACAGUUUUCAUUAACACCUACAAUAAAACUGAUGUGGCAGCCCCAUUUGGUGGAUUUAAGCAAUCUGGGUUUGGAAAAGAUCUAGGUGAAGAAGCUCUUCAUGAAUACCUGAGAACAAAAGCAGUAACUGUGGAAUAUUAAGCUGCUCUUUUUAUGUAACUAAACCGUUCUCUUGCCAAUACAUUGAACUUUUAAAUAUUUCCUUGAGCACAAGGCAAAACAAGAAAGGUAAAUGUUGAGUAGAAGACUGUUCCUGGCAUUAAUACACAAACCAGAACAUCAUUUUCAGUCAAAAAAGGAACAAGAUAUUCUUUUAAACUGUUUGUGCCAAGUACUUUAUUAUACAUAUGGAUCCAUGAUCAAAGACCUGCAUUUUUGAGUCUUGCUCCAUCUUAAGUCUUGAAAUAUCAGAGAUCUCUUCUCUUCUGGCCUUUUUUACUGUGUGGUCUCCACUGUGUGCAGUGAACUUGAAUGCUCAUAUCAUGCCCUGAUGAAUCCAAAUGGGGAAUCUAGAGAACAGCAUCCUGAAACCUCCAACCUCUUGAUUUUGCAGUGUGAAUGUUUUAUCUAUGUGAGAAGCAAAAUACUAAUGUUCCAUGCCUGUCCAAUGUAGUCAUGUGGAACUUAAGUUUCUUUUAAAAUGUGUUUGACAUCAGCAUUCUGCUUCUCUUUGCAGUGGGGAAAACAAAUGUGCCAUAAACACUGUAAAUACAUUCAAGGAAGUGCACUUACUAUGAUUUCUUAUGAUGCAGAAAUCCUAUUAUAAUUUGUAUUGAACUAUACAUAUAAAAGCUACAUCAACUAUUUUAUAA